AUGUUCUCCUUCCCCCGCCUUUUCGCACUUGCCGCUCUGGCCGGCACCACGUUUGCCCAGACCACCGCUGCUCCCGAAGCGACGACCACCAACGCCUCGGGUGGCAGCAUGAACCAGGGAGCCUUGGCCAGCAUCCAGGCCGCUCUGUCUGCGUCGUCGGUGUCCGCCGCCGCCGCUGCCGCUGCCACUGCAACGGGCGCCGCCGUCUUGAACGGAAGCGGCAACGAGGACGCCUCGACCGCCGUCUCCAUCUCCGACUCUGCCAUCUCGUACGAGGGCUCCGUCAUGACCGUCGCCGUCGACUCGAGCGACGCCGAGGAGAGCCUCGUCAUGGCCACCACCUCUGCUACAGCCGCAGCAGCUGCAGGCACCACUGUGACUCAAAAGUCGGCAGUCACUCUCUCGGGCACCACCGCCGGCCUUGUCAGCAGUUCCAAGGCGUCGGCCAGCGCAGCCAGCGCGAGCACCACUGCCCAGUCGUCUGCCGGCCGCAUGGCCGUGUCGGCCGGCGCCGUCGUCGCUGCUGCCGUGUUCGCCGCUGUCAUUGUCUAA